CUCCGUUGUCCGUUGCAGCCGUCAGUGUAGUCUCGACCGGUGUGGAGUGAGGACGUCCGUUCCGCGUCCCUCUCAUGUCCGUGAAGGGAGGCCCGCGAUGAAUUCCUCAGAGGAAGCAGUGUAUCGACCUUUUCUCUCUCUUCGUAGGCCCCGAGCAUCCUCACGGCCCAUGACGAUGAACUGGACGCUCGUGACCAUCGCUGUCAUGUCAUUGGUAUCGACAGUGACGAUGGGGAACCAGCAGCAUCAGCCAGGCCUUCAGAAUGGUCAUCUCUCGUCGUAUACAGCAUCCCGGGGGCUCAGUCCAGGGCAGAGCUGGGAGGCGAAACCACGAGACCACGACCUUGCGCCUGCCCAAGAUCCUCUCUCCAUCUCCCCCGUGCCAAGGCGAAGGAAGAGGAAUAAGAAGAAGAAGAAGAAGAGGAGAAGGAAGAGGAGGAGAAACUUUUCCCCAAAUUACGUGGAGAGAUUUGUGCGACGGGUAAUGAUCAACAGAAUGAAGGACAGACUUGUUAAAAAAGCAACGUGUGGAAGAAGUUACAACGUCAGAAGCAAUCACGUCUUAAAGAUCCGGCUGCAUGACCCCGGCACUUGCAACAUCAUGUUCAGGGCAAGCCCGAAAGCAGCCUUCAAGCUAUCCUGUUCAGCAGUGACAGUUGACAGCUGUGACACCUCGCAGCUACAUCUCUCUUUCAGCAAUUCGACGUUGGUCAAAAUUUGUGGAGGGACGACCACGGUGAACGAGAAGAUGCUGACGGAGCUCCUCCUGACUCACAGAGUUGUCUCCGGAAGUUCAGAUUCUUCGUCAGAACCUACGGUAGUCAAGUGCAACGUCAUCGGUAGAGGAGGUGCAGGUCAUCGGGCGCAAGGAACACAAAAAUGCCCAAUGUCGUGUGGUAAGACCGAAGUAAAUGCCGACAGCAUACCCUCGGUUUAUGUUAAUGCACGAACUGCCGUCGACUACAUCCAGAAGAUCACAGAAGAAACUACGGAAGAAACAACGGAAGAGACCACCGAAUCGUUCACAGAAGCUUACACGGAAGUCACCACCGACCCCUCCUUUGAGAAGGACACCAAGAACGCCUCAGCUCUUCCUUCAACCUUAUCCUUGAAGGUCCAGGGGGGCACCGACGCUGUCAAGGGCGAGUGGCCGUGGAUGGUGUACCUGCACUUGCUCAUCAAAGGCUCACUGCUCUACUGUGGCGGGACGAUCGUCAGCCCGCGGUUCGUUCUGACGGCCGCCCACUGCGUGUUCGAUGUGAAGAUUGAGAAAGGCGACAAGGUGGUGGUUAAGGCUAACGAAUACGACUUGAAGAACAAAAAUGAAACAGUCACGCAGUCCAUCAGGGUUCAGAAGAUCAUCCUGCAUCCGAAUUAUAGCUCGGCGACGCAGAGGGGGGAUAUUGCUCUCCUGAUGCUUCGAAAAGAUCUGGUCAUGGGUCGCGGCGUCGCCCCCAUUUGCCUGCCACCCGAAGGCGACUACGAGAACCUCAACACCAUUGUCCUUGGCUGGGGGAGCUUGAGCUUUACUGGCAAGGACCCACGAACGUUGCAGAAAGGGACGCUGAAGGUCACCAAUCUGAAUGAAUGCAAGAAAAACUACACGACACUCGAAAGCAAUUACGUCAUCACGAAAAAACACAUGUGCACAGCUGCUCCGGGCGUGGACUCCUGCCUCGGGGAUUCUGGGGGGCCGAUUGUAAUGCAGCUGGGGACACGCUGGUACCAGCUUGGCAUUGUCUCGUUUGGAGAACGGUGUGCAGUGCCUGGAUAUCCGGGCGUCAACACCAACGUUGUAGAAUACACCUCAUGGAUUCUUAGAAAAAUUCGCAAAGAAAAAUGCAAGUGAUAUUUGUCUUUGGAAGAUGCUGGGAGCUGGAAGGCAGAAGAUGGUGUUUAUGUUCUGUUUUUGAUAUGAUGUUUGUAUGAGUUCCCUCGUUGAGUCAGAAAUGUGUAAAUAAUAUAUAUUACAGCUUAUCUCUCUAUUUAUUCAGUUGUAUUUUUGUAUGUCGAUUUGCAUUCGGUGGCGAAGAUGUAGGGUGUUGUUAGAUUUCAAAAUGGGAGGGCGAGACUUUACAUAAAUCCCAGAGAUUACAGGAAUACGUGUCCUUUAGAGUUCAAAUCCACUUUAGGAGAUUCACAGCGACCCCUUAUUAAGGAAAAAUCCGGUUACUUCGGUAGCGGGUGUGUGUUUUUAAUGGGGGAGGGGGUCGCAGAUAUAUGCCACUGUCCGCGUAAAUUUGCAUGUAGUGAAUGUUUGUGUGAAGUUGUUAUGAGUAUGAGAUCCACUUUGUGUACAAGAUUGUUGUUUGAUAAUUUACACUGCGUACAAAUUAGAAUUAAUAAUUUAUUUGUAUUUAUAUUGAUAAAACAAUAAAGUCGUAUGAUGUU